GAAAAAAAAGAAAAAUUCCUAUGAAUGGAACUGCAGAGGCUUGCAUUUGGGUAGAUAGACCUGGAUAGAUUUCACCCAGGACUUCAUUAUCCAAGGAAGGACAUUCACUGAGUGCCCUUCCAGUUGCUGUUUCCUACUCCUGUGGCUUGUAGUCUGGGUGGGAUAGUUUCUCUUUGUAUUUUUAUCUACUCCUGUGGCUUAAGUGCUGGCUCCCCACCUAUCCAGGGGAGGGCUUCCUCUUCUCACCUGCUUGCUGUCUUCCCUCCCCAUAGAUGAUGAGCCAGGUGGAAGGACAACAGAAGAACCUCGUGCAUGCCAUUGAGUCUCUGCCAGGUUCUGGCCCUCUCACCUCCUUGGACCAGGACCUGCUGCUCCUGAAAGCCACCUCGGCGGCCACCCUCAGCUGCCUCGGCGAGUGCCUCAGCCUGCUCCAGCAGAGUGUGCACCAUGCAGCCCAGCCCAGCCACAGGCCGGGGGCCUCAGAAAACAUCCUGGGAUGGCACGGGCCCAAGUCACACUCCACAGAGCAGCUGAAAAAUGGGACACUCAGCUCUUUGCCAUCAGCCAGUGCCAGCAUCACCUGGGCCAUUUUACCCAACUCAGCUGAGGACGAACAAACCUUCCCAUCAGAGCCAGAGGUCGGCCCCUUUGCUCAGGACGAGCAUCUGUCCUUCCAGUCUGUGAGAGCCAAGUGUGGUAAAUGUGUGUGUAUGUGUGGUUAGAGCCAGAAAGCCAGCGAAUCCACUGGGAGGCAGCAGAAGGAUUGUGAUGUCAACUAACCCAGCGUCCCCCCCGCAAUGGCAGCUGGGACCAGCCUGCUGCUUGGACAUGCUCGUAACCUGAACCUGUCAAGGAUAAGAGCCAGCACCUCCAUCGGGUCCGCCCCCACCGUGGCCUCAUUGUCCCUACCUCCAAAUGGCAAGAUAAGGUUCCCUGACUACAGGGGUGGCCUGCAAGGCACAGUUGGUCACCUGGCUUCCACGGGGUUCCGCAGAGAAGACAGUACCUGUGAGGAACCUUCAGCAGCUGCCCUGCGCUGGGGCUGAGGGGUGUCAGCUGGACCAGACACCGUCCAAAGACAUGUGUCCGAUGGCAGCCCCCUGGCAUGACUUCUAACCAGAGACCAGCAUCCAUUUAUUCGACCGGAGCCCUGCCACCUGGCAAAGAUGGCCCACUUUUGGGGAAUUAGAGACAGGCACGUGAGAGACUCUUCUGGAGGAGAAAGCCUGCCUAUGCUGAGCAUGGGAAGAACAGUAGGUCUCUGGGAGCUGUCCCUGCACAGUCAGAGGACAAACUUCACAUCUGUGUCUGUCCUCAGGGAACACUCUUUCCAAGCGUGUGGUAGGGAGGGCUGUGAACUUGACAGUCGCGGAGUCUACCUUUCCUUUGGGGAAUGAGGGACAGAAAUGGCUGGUGAAAUUUGCUGACCAGCUGGCCAUGUCUGUGGGUCCCAGCCUCGGCCCAUGGCUAUUGACUCGAGCCCCAAGUUGAACCAGGUCCUUGGAUCCAGCUGUGCCUGUUCUCAUGACCGUGGCCUGUUAGAUGGGGCUUCUUAGGAUGUAAACUGUAACUAAUAUGAAGAUGCAUUGUGAAGUCAAGUAAUGAUCGUGAUAACUUGGUUAACUACACUGUAAAUAACUGAGAUGAAAAGAUGAAUAGGAGCUCAAAGGACUAAAUCCUUGGUUUUAUGGCUUUCAUAAACAUCAACAACAUUAACCUCAUUAUCACUAGAACCAAAAGAAACAGAAAUUGGUUCGGUUGUUGGUCCCUGGGCACUUGUACCUCUUAGACACUCAGACACCCUUCCUUUUCCAGUAUUCACUGUGUUUCUUUAUUUGUCCCCUUGGUCUGUCUCCAUUGACCCACUUUCCUAGUCUCUCUGGCCCCCUAAUCUCUGUCCAUAUUUCAAUAUCAUGUUCUUUUUUUAAAAAAAAAAA